AGUUCCAGCUCCUCCCCCGACGUUCUUGGACCUUCUGGCGACGACGAAUACCUCAUUUCAUCCCCAUAUAAACCUUUCUCGGGCCGUCAAAGCUUCAUGUCGCCCGCCAAUUUCAAACUCCUUCAGACGCCGCGGCCGGGCAAAGGCAAAAGGCCGCGGUACAGUCUCAGCCCCGCGAAAAGCGCCCAUUCGAUUAGAUUCGACGAUGUCUUGCUUCCUGCCUCUCCUUCAAUGAAACUGAACGGCGCACAACAAUCAUUCUCACCCGACAAGAUCCAGCCUGAUGGGAACGUGAGUCCGUGGAGGAUUCGGGUUACGCUCGAGGCAACCCAGGAUGACGAAGAGAACCCGGGCAGCCCGUCGCGUAAGCGAUUAAAACCGUCGAAUACCAUGACCACAAAAGUACCUUUGAAGGGUGAACCGGAACAAGUCACAUUAACUCCCAAAAGAGGUAGAGGUCGGCCAAGGAAGUCAGGCACUCCGUUGCAGAAUGCGACACCAACUGCAGGAAAUCCCGGGCAUACACCAGGCCCCGGACACACUCCUGGACCUGAAUACACGCCUGGACCUGGACACACGCCCGGGCCUGGAUUUACACCGGGGCCUGGACACACGCCUGGCCCUGAAUACACACCAACGCCCGGACCUGGACAUACCCCAGGACCCGGACACACGCCAACGCCAGGACCAGGGUAUACUCCAGGACCUGGACCCGAUCAAAACUGGGGACCUUUGGAUCUUGCUGCGGGUGGAGAUUCUGAUGAUGGUUAUUCAGAUGAUCAACCGGCCGACAUCUGGCUCGAUAACGAGACAGUGCAGCCCAAUGAAGCUAAUUGGGAUAAAAGCUCUCCUCGUGGGUCUUUUCAACAGGAAUACGAGACACCGGACAUUGGCGUCAUAGACCGGGGCUACAUGGAUAACGACGAUGAGAACUUGCAUUCUACCCCAUCAAAAAUGCCGUCGCCUACUCAAACCUCGCAGAUUAUUUCCCCAGACAACACCUUGCAUGCCGGCCGUACACCUAGGCCGUCACGCCUUUACCCCACCCCGAAGUCCUCAUCGUUGGUUGACGAAGAGAAACAAGGCCAGUCGAAGGAACUAAACAACCCCCCCGGAAACCUCCAUCAAGGUGAAAAGCAUACCGUAAAUGACCCAACGGACGAGCAUCGUGAAUUCGAUUCCAUCAUGGAGAGUGAGGGAUUCAGCAUGGUCUCGUUAGAAUCAUUACCGUCAGCGAAACAGCACGCUCUCAGCACCAACCAAAAAACCGUAAAGGGGGCUCUCAAACCAUUUCUCGAGCGCGAAAAUAUCGGCAUGAAAGAGAGAAUGAAACGCAAGUCUUCUGUCUCGAAUAAUGAUGAUUAUCGUGAAGAAGCCUCGGCUAUGGCCGCGGGACCGAACCAAAUUUCAAGAGAACAUCCGUCAUCAAAAGUAUCAUCCCAUUCUCCUAUGCCUGAGCGAGUAACAGAACGUUUGGCAUCGAGUAGCAAACGGACACCCGGGGGCAACUUGCCUUCUAAGCUUGCUAGCUCGCCUAUUGUACCAUCACCAAGUCCAGUCACACACGAAAGGAACUCAUCCGCUAGGUCCGCAGAGGUUGCUCCCACGGGCAUCGAUCAUUCGGCUACAUGGAGGAAUGAAAACGGAGAAGGUACAUCGAGAUAUCCUUUCGCGACAGAGGGACAGUCCGAUGAAGAGGACCAAGGUGACGAAUUUGAAUCUUCUAAGAGGCGCUUCGAACACCUUGUCAGUGACAUUCUUCCUGAUACCCAGCAAGAAGAGCGGAAAGACUCGGGUUCUGGGCAGGAGUUGGCAAAGAGGCAAACGCAGACAGAGACAGAAAAGGCCAGAGAAGAGCCAGCUGUAGAGGCCACAAUCGAUCAAUACAGGGAUGCACACGUAUCCGAGACACCACAUCGAGAGCGGGGUAGGGGCUUCAUCCAGGACACACCCGGAACGGAGAUGAAACGACGAAUGGCAGAAUGGCAGCAAGAAAGAGAAGCAAUUAGCCGAGAAAUUCAGAUGGCAAACUCGAGUCAAGUUAUCGUUAUCGGCAGCGAUGGGAGUGAACAGCAAAGCCCGAUUCGUCACGAGAACUUUGAUCCUGAGCCGGGGCCUGAAUUCGAGCAUGAACUUGAACAGGAAUCCGAGCAUGAGCCUGAACAGGAAUUCGAUCCCGGGCAUGAGUCCGAGCCGGGAUCUGAACUUGACCAAGAAGAUCAUGGACUACAGGACGAGCCUGAACCCGAGCCUGAACUUUCAGAUGACGAUGGAUAUGAAGAUAUCUGGCAACAAGAAGCUAAGGAUCAAAGCCACGUCUCUUCACAUUCUGAUGAUGCGAAGCAAGAGUCUAGUCCGUGGAAGAGUGACAAUGGAGCAGCCCGCUCUCCAGCUUACUGGACCACGGGAAAUAAUAACGUGCCAAAUUUGGGACGGUCUCGGGUUAAACAGCUACGAGAACAGGAUGUCGAUCUCUCGGUCUUGCUUCGAAACACCCCAAACCGUUCCCGUUACUACUAUGGAGGAAAUAGCCCCCGGAAGAGUAGCCCCCAGAGUGUUGCGAAUACCCGAUCUCCAGAGCGUCAACGGUCUGUUUCCGGAUCCAGCGAGAAUGUCGACGAAGACGUGUUUGAACACGAUCAACAAUUGGAAGAUGUAUAUUCGGUAUCAAGUCCCGACCGGGUCUCAGAGGAUGAUGACACUUUCCAAGUUGACCCCACAACAAGGCAUGAGACUGAGAGGGCACGAUUUGACCAAAGACAAGAAGAGAAUGAGGACGGGGUUAUCCCAGAUGAUGCUGGUGUAUCUGAGGAGCGAUCUACCCAUGAGAAAAUUGAUGCCACACCGGAAUUCUCACGACAUGCCAAUGCCAAUACACCGGCACCAUCAUCCUGGUUUCAAAAAGUUACUAGCUUCACCCCUCGGUGGUUGAAAGCUCCAAACCGAAGGUCAAUUGAACCUGUCAGUCCUGCCAUAGCCGAAGAAGAAGAACCCUUGGGAGACGAAGAAGAGAUGCCCAACGUCGAAUCCCCCAAGGAUGCGAAUACGCAUCUUGACGGGCAUUAUUCAGAAGACCAAGAAGAGACGCCAAGACCACUUCCACGACGUACAGAUCGAAGACAUAGGCGGCAGAGCUUUUCUGGUUCCAACGUUGACCAGCAGUUUGAAGACUUACGCUCGUCGCCGAAAAGGGAAAUGCGGCGUGAAGAAUUUGCACGCCCUAGACCAUUGGCCACCUCUGGAUACUUCAGUGAUGAUCAUUAUGUCGCUCUCCGCCGUCUCUAUCGCUUAGCAAAAGGGUCUCCCAAUCGUUUCGUCUAUUACCCAGCUCCUGGCCGCCCUGAUAUUAUAGGUGACUGGAUAUGGACAUCGGACGGUACCUACGGAGUUCCGGUCACUGAGAGCCAGUUUGCCAUCAUCGACACUUUCGUGCAGGAACUUGCUCGAGCUGACAUUCAGAACGGUGGUACUGGGCAAGUUGGUUGGACAGAGGCUGACUUGCACCGGCGACUGAUUAGUGUCAUCAUUGGCGAACAGAUUAGAGAGGAA